AUGCGCUUUCGCCCCCCUUGCGGUGCUGUCACCACGCGGAAAGCGCCGCGGCGACUGCGAUGCCUUCGCGCGGAACGCUCCUCGCCAAGACAGAGUCUCCGCCGCCGCCGUGGCAGUGGCAGUGGCAAUGGCAAUGGCAGUGACAGUGGCAGUGUCGGGAAACCCACGGCCCCAUUAGGCGUGUUUAACAACCUUGGCCAGCUCCGUUACGUGAGCCGCGAAGUCGCAGGGUCUGCGCGCGACGCCCGACGGCGCUUACCGCUCCUCUGGGCGGCGCCGCACGCGACGAGCAGCAGCGCCAUCAGCAGCAGCGGCAGCGGCAGCGAGGGCGGCGAGGGCCCUCUGGCGGGCGGGCUCAUGGCGACGCGGGCUCCUGGUGUCUGUCUUCGGGAGAGGGCGACGCGACUCGGUGGCGCUGCGAACGCGACUGAGCUGACGGGCGCCUUGCGGCCCGAAUAG